GGCACACAUCUUGCUUUUUUUUCAUUUUCUUGGUCGGAAAGGCAGACAUCUUGCUUUGAUUCGCAUUAAUGGGGAACGAUGGAAAAAGCUCGUAUUGCGAAGCGACGUGCAUUGUGCAACGAGCUUUAGCAACUUAAAGUUUUGGCGAGAUCGGUUCAUAUACUGUAAGGACGUACGAGGAGACCGAGACGUUUCCCGGGUCAUCCGCUUCAUCUCGCCCCUUUUUCACGCUGCCCGCGGUCACUCAGUGAUCGUCUUUGUUAAAGGCUCGUCUCGGACGGGAUUGAUCCACAAGCGUUAAAGCUGCUCGCUUCUUCAUAUUUGCUCUCUCGAUCUCUCGUUUGCUAGGAAUUCUCAGACAUAUUCGUCAUCUUCGACGGGAAAGUAAGGAUUUAAAUGGCUUUAGAGAUGGGUGCUGGACUGGCCAUGGAUUCUACAGAAGGUGCGGAGUCUGGUUCCGGUAGUAAGAAAGACAAGCCCACUGACCUGACUGGUAUCAUCUUCUCUUGGUCUCUUCGAGAAAUCUUCGAUACGAAUCUCUACAGGGACAAGGUGGAGAGCAUCCAGGAGUCAUUUCAAUCAGUUGAGCAAUACUUUGCGUCUUAUAUCUUUCCUUUGCUGGAGGAAACACGAGCCAGUCUCUGUUCAAGUAUGCAGAAUGUAUCUAGGCUACCAUUCGCGAAAGUCACUAGGUUUGUUGAAGGCGAUAAGAAUGCUUACAACGUGGAAGUGGACUACUGGAGAAACAGGUCCACUGGCAAUGGCAAAGAACCUUACAAAACUUUGCCUGGGGAUGUUUUGAUCUUAACUAAUACUAUGCCGGAUUCCAUUCAAAGCUUAGAAAGGUUUGCAGGAAGAUGGGCAUUUGCAUCGGUCACUAAAAUUCCAGAAGACGAGGACGGGGAUGCUCAAACAUCAACAAGGUUCAGUGUCGAAGCAUUUUUGGACAAUGAAGUGAAUGAUGAACGUACCUGGGAGUCAAUGUAUGCAGUUUUCUUGAUAAAUGCAGUCACUAACAAUAGGAUAUGGAAUGUGCUACACAGAUUUGGCAACUUGAAAGUUGCAAGGGAAGUUCUGUGUACGGAUUCAGCGGCUGAGAAAGAUUGCAAUCUCAGCGUUACUCAAAGUCAUGACUCUGGGCAUGAGGGUCUCGAUAAGAACUUGCUUGGUAGUCUGAAUGAAUCCCAGACAAAAGCUGUCCUGGCAUGUCUUGAUACAAUCGAGUGUGAACACAGGUCGGCUGUGGAAAUGAUACAGGGUCCUCCAGGGACAGGGAAGACCAAAACUGUCGCGGCACUGCUCUUUACUCUCUUGAAAAGGAAACACAGAACCCUUGUUUGUGCUCCAACAAAUGUUGCCAUCAAGGAAUUGGCGUCUCGUGUUUUGCAGCUGGUAAAACAAUCGGUUUGCACAAACUCUCAUGGGGAACGCUUGCUCUAUAACUUAGGAGACAUGCUAUGUUUCGGGAACAAGGAGCGGAUGAAAGUAGAUUCAGAUAUGGAGGAAAUAUUCUUGGAUCAUCGAGUUGAUUGUGUUGCGCGAUGCUUUUCUGUAUACACUGGUUGGCGGCAUUGUCUACCUUCCAUGAUUGAUACUCUCAAUGACUGUGUCCGCCAAUACCACAUUUUUCUGGAGAAUGAACGCCAGAUUAUAUCAAAGCCUAAUGGUAAUGAUGUUGCAAGCAAACGUGGGAGCGGCAAAAAGGAAUCCAAACCUAAAUUUAAAUCAUUUCUGGAAUUUUUCAAGCACAGAUUCAGGUCAAGUGCAGAGUCUCUCCGCAGAUGCUUCUCGAUCUUGUGCACCCAUAUCUCCAAAACUUACCUGUUGGAACAUAAUUUCCGCGAUAUUGAGUCCCUUCUGAUCGCACUUGAUUCUUUUGAAAUUUCUCUAUAUAGACAGAAGUUGGAUUCGAGAAAGUUGAAGAAAGCAUUUUCAUCGGACCGAUCUACAUUAAAAAUGUGCACAGAUCCACUAUAUACAUCAUUAUCGAUGAAGAGACGUGAAUGCCUCUCUCUUUUGCGAACUCUUAAUACGUCUCUCAGAGAGCUAAACCUUGCAACAUUUACGUGUAAGGAAAAGAUAGCUGAGUUCUGUUAUCAAGCGGCUUCCUUGAUUUUCUGCACUGCCUCUAGCUCAUAUAAGCUCUACUCCAAGGAAAUGGAGCCUGUCAGUUUAUUGGUGAUUGAUGAGGCCGCGCAGUUGAAAGAAUGCGAGUCAAUAAUUCCGCUAAAACUUCGCGGUGUCAGGCACGCAAUUUUAGUUGGAGAUGAAUGUCAGUUGCCUGCAAUGGUUGAGAGCAAGCUUUCUAGCAAGGCUGGCUUUGGAAGGAGUCUAUUCGAAAGGUUGAGUUCUCUGGGUCAUCCAAGGCACCGUCUCAAUAUCCAGUACAGAAUGCAUCCUGCGAUAAGUCGCUUUCCAACAUCCACCUUUUACGAAAACCAAAUUCGGAAUGGGUCGAAUGUUAACUGCAAAAGUUACAGAAAAUGUCAUUUGCCGUGGCCAAUAUUUGGCCCGUACUCCUUCAUAAAUAUUUCUAAUGGAAGAGAAGAACGUGGGGAUGAUGGACGUAGCCUUAGAAAUUAUGUUGAGGUAGGAGUUGUGUCGAUGAUUUUGAGGAAUCUAUACAGAGCAUGCAGAUCUUCAGGCGAAGAUCUAAGUGUUGGCGUGAUAUCUCCAUAUAGAGCCCAGGUUGCCGCAAUACGAAAGAAAAUUGGAAAAAGAUAUGAAAAUAUCAGAGGCUUUACAGUGAAAGUGAGGUCAGUGGAUGGGUUCCAAGGGGGUGAAGAAGACAUUAUAAUAGUAUCCACCGUGAGAUCAAACCCUCGUGGUUUUAUUGGGUUCGUUUCUGAUGCUAAGAGAACCAAUGUCACUAUCACCAGGGCAAGAUACUCUCUUUGGAUUUUGGGGAAUGGGAGAACGAUGAUGAGAAGUAAAUCUGUAUGGGAAGCUUUGGUUCAUGACGCUAAGAGCCGUGGAUGUUUCUUCAGCAUUGAUGAUGUUAAAGCUGCUUUGGAUGGGAAGAAUAAUCAGCUUGAUGAUCCGGUUGAUGGAAGUAGGGUACUACUUAAAAAUGUGCAGUGGAGGGCAAAGUGCUCUCAGGAUGCUAGGAGCCGAGAAUGUUCCUCCAGUACUGAUGAUGUUAAAGCCGCUUUUGAUGGGAAGAAUAAUCAGCUUGAUGAUCCGGUUGAUGAAAGUAGGGUACUAUUUAAAAAUGUGCAGUGGAGGGCAAAGUGCUCUCAGGAUGCUAGGAGCCGAGAAUGUUCCUCCAGUACUGAUGAAGUUAAAGCCAUUUUAAAUGGGAAGAAAGAGAAUAUUCGGCUCGAUGAUCCGCUCGAUGGCAAUAGUGUCCAAUUUAGAAAUGCUCGGUGGAGGGUUUUCUUCGGCGACGACUUUGUGAAGUCUUUCAGAAAGCUGAUGUCACUUAGGACCAAGAUGUCAAUCAUGAACCUCUUAUCAAAACUUGCUGGUGGCUGGAGACCUGAGAAGAGCAAUGUGGGUUUACUCCCUCAAAGCUGUUCUAAUAUGGUGAAUCAAUUCGAGGUGGAAGGUCUCUACAUGUUGUGCACUGUCGAUAUACUAAAGGCACUGAGAUCCAUCCAGAUCCUGAAGAUUUGGGAUGUACUGCCCUUAAUGGAUGCGACGAGACUGGUUGAACGUCUCAACAGCGAGUUCAAAGCAUAUGCAGACGAUUUCAUUAGUUGCUGCAAUGAGAAAUGUCUUGAGGGGGAUCAAAUAGUUCCAAAGACAUGGGAGCCUUCCUGCGGUAUUGCUCGUUUCCGUAGUCCGGAUCAAGUUCAAGCAGGGAGCGGUUUCGGGGCAGAUAUUUCGAAUCCGGGGGCGAGCGAGAGCCUGCUUUCAAUGAGAUUCCACCCCUCAUCAUCAGUUGUGGUCAGGCACUUGUUUUCGGUGGACCCCGAUAGCGAAGCGAAUCUUGAAUCUGAAGUAACCGAGCUAGAUCAAGAGAUGAAUUCCCGCUUCGGUGGGCUUCAUAUUUGAGCAAACCCAUAUUGUUCCCCUCUUCACGAGCAGCAUUUGACAGAAUCAGCAGGGGAAAGAGUUGAUUGAUGAUGGGUCUAUCAGGAUUGAAAACACAAUUUCUUUACAAGGAAUUUCCGUGCCCAUGGCGGGUAUUAUCGAGUAGGCGUGGACCUUCUUCACUAUUUAUCUUCUGCUGGUUUUAUGUCUCUAUGUAUUUGGUUGAAUUAACGGCACAGAACUUU